CCGCGUGUAGCCACCGUAUUCAGAGUGGAGGGGAAGAUCUAAAACAUACGCUUUGCUUUGGUCGUUAUUAUUCGUCCUCGGAAGUCCUCCUCCAAUCGUGGAACUUUCUGAGCCCCGGGCUUAGCGUGGCCGAAUGCAUAUAAGAAGGUGACCAAAAAGAUCCAAGAUUGUAGUACCUCUCUUUUGGUCAGGGGACGGUAACUCACGUUUUGACGAGGAGCUGCGAUAGCCCUCCGUAACCGUGUGUUAAAUCCUCGAAUGUUACCAAUUUUCGGUUCCCUUCGUUGUCUUUUUUUUCUUUCACGAGUACGCAAAUUUGGAAUAUGUUACACAGUGAUACACGCUGAACUAUACCUUCCGGAUAUAAAGAUAGCUGUCGAUUGUGAAAAAAAAAGUUUAACUAAAUUACGAGAACGGUAAAGAUAAUUAUAAACAGUGAAGCUGAGGAUUGGUCGUAAUCGAGCCACGAAGUAGCAGAGAUAAAAAAAAAGAGUAGUCGAUUGAGCUUCGUUGGAUCUAAUUGCAGCCAAAAGUUUCACCAUGGCGAAAAAAGCACCCACGAUGAUGACCGACAUGGAGGUCCUGCCGUCCCUGAAACUCGGCGAUUUCACCUUGGAAUUGGAAUUGACCCCGCCAAGCGCCCAGAUUUCGGAAAUCGCGAAAAAUGAGCUCAGGGAAACGCCCGAAAGGCAGAAAGAGGCUGUGGCGCGAUUGAGGGAACUUUUAGAGGCCGAAACCGACCUCGUCUGGCCGUCCGAUAACGAAGCGUGGCUUAUACGGUUUUUGAGGCCGUGCAAAUACUACCCCGAGUCGGCGUUGAAACUGAUAAAAAAUUAUUACAGUUUCAAAAUCAAGCACUCAAAUGUUUACGAUGACCUGAAGCCCAGCCGUGAAAAAAACAUUUUCGAACACAAUAUAUUGACGGUGCUCCCGAACAGGGAUCAACACGGUCGUCGUAUCUUGAUAAUAGAACUUGGAAAGAAAUGGAAGCACAACAAGUGUAGUCUCGACGAAGUUUUCAAGGGAUGCGUCUUAUACCUGGAAGCUGCGACCUUGGAACCCACCUCCCAGGUCACCGGAGCUGUAGUGAUAUUCGAUAUGGAUGGACUUUCGCUUCAGCAAACUUGGCAGUUCACACCACCCUUCGCCAAGAGGAUCGUCGACUGGCUUCAGGACAGCGUUCCGCUCAGAAUUAAAAACAUACACAUCGUCAAUCAGCCCUACAUCUUCAACAUGGUCUUCGCGCUUUUCAAGCCGUUCCUCAGGGAAAAGCUCAGGGGAAGAAUAAUCUUCCACGGCACGGAACGAAAAUCUCUGCACCAAUACUUGUCCCCGAAAUGUCUGCCCGAUUGCUACGGGGGUAGUCUUCAAAUUCCGAGGGUGACGGGACCUCAAUGGCUCGAAUUACUAAUGAUGUGUGACGCCGAGUACGAGGCCAUCAACAGUUACGGAUACCGCAAAAAAUGAACCAACAGACGUGAGUAAUAAUCAAGCUUCGAUCUCCUCUUGAUAAACGAUAUAAAUUAUAACCGGCUGCUAUAUUGCGCACAUCGUGACAUUAAUUGUAAGUUUAGAAGAAUGUACAUUUUAAAAAUCAAAUUAAUAUAUUUAAAAUACACGAUAUAUCCCCCUUUCCACGUUGAGACCGACGAGUCGUCAUCUGGGUUGUCGGUAUGCAGACGCCACCAUCCAGUGGUCCAGCGCCUCCGUAAUGGCAACCCGCAACAUACAAAAUCCGCAGAUUUCAACGCGGAAACGCGAUAAACUUAUAUGUAUAUCAUUGUACAGAGACCAGUGUCGAUUGUACGCAGCACCACGUAUUUAUAACUCUAAUUUCUACAGUCCUUCUUCAUUUGUAUAAUUAUGCAAUAAUGGUUUAAUAUGCUUUGUCGUAUGCGAAAGCGAAAGAGCUUGGAAAAAAAAAAAAUAUAUAAACGAACUCUGGUGGACAAAUCAUUGGUACAAGAACAAUGACUACUAUGCACUGGGAGGGUUCGAUGAGAACUCGGAAAAAAACGACAAAGACAAGGUGUGUGAUUUUAAUAUUUUUAUGAACAAUUAUCUUCAUAAAACGUACAAUAUUUGUAUAUAACAAUACAUGUGAAUAUUCUCAAUAUAUAUUUAUACAUUUGAA